UGCUUAACUCUAUUGAACUAAACUAAAUAGGGGAGAGAGCCUUUAAUGCCGACAAUAAGCCGCUUCAUUCAGCAGCGCGGUCCAGACGCACAGCUCUGUGGAGUAGAAAUUACGCACGGAGGGACUGUUCUGCGGCAGCUGUUUAGAUAUUCAAAAUCAGUUCAAUAAAUUGGCGGAAUUUCCUUUAAUGAAAUAUUUUUAAGAUCCGUCUCGAAUCAACUGACAACACAGCCUUUCAGCUCUUGAUAAGAUAAGAUAAUUUGUCCCCAGGCUGAAUGUGCGUAAAAGUAUCAUGAACAGGAAACUCUGAGAGAGAGAGAGAGAGAGAGAGAGAGAGAGAGAGAGAGAGAGAGAUACCCAGCUGGUCCCACAAGUCCUAUAAUACCAAGCACAACAUGCUUUACCUUCAAUGAAAGCUGAGACGGGGGGACGGUUGACUGCUGGUCCUGAAAUCAGCUCAGAGCUCGGAUACAAAACCAAGAGCGUCGCUGUUUUAGCGGCUUAGUUCUCCCGCAUCUGUUCCACUACACCUUCUGCUGUGCGCCAGAACAUUUAUCAUUCACUGACUGUGGCACGUUUAGAACUGCAACUUAUCAAAAGCACAGAGACAACUUGGAUAACGCUCUUACUUUUGCCUGCCCACCUUCCUCUCUUGCUGUGACUGGUGUCAAAGGUGAUGGUAUCAUUUUCUAAGAGAGGACUCCUCAGGUGAUGGUCUGUCUUUUCGGAGAUAGUGACCGCUUUUGGAAACGUGCUAGGUUUUCCACUACUAUUAUUUUUUCUGCUGCUACCUUCGCUUUGGCUCAAGCAUGGCUCUAUACUCUCGGUUUGUGGUCCUACUACUUUACGGAUGGAGUUAUAUGUGCGUUGGAUACUGCGCGAUGCUGAAAACGGACAGUUUCCCCGACAGACGAAAGGUGGAUUUUACGCAUUCAGAGGAUAAAAAGCACCCUGCUAAAGACGACCAGGAUCUGCUUUUACAGGAUACAAUGACGGAACACAUGCAGAUGCUUUACGCGAAGUACAACCGGGCUGGAUUUCCAUUCAAGGACGGCAACACUGUCCGCAGUUUCAAAGCGCACUGGGGUACAAUAAACAAGAAGCAGCUGCAGAUUUUCAACCUCACCUCCCUCACCAAGUCAGAAGACGUUCUGUCUGCCACUCUUCAUUAUUACAUUGGAGACCUUCAGAACAGCACCCAGGGCUGCUCCAGGUCCAAAAGCUGUGGACGCCACGGCCCCCGGAGGCACAACCACAUCCACAUGGUCAUCUGGAGUUUUGCCUCUGUAGAUAACAAGAUAAGGACUCUAGGACACUUUCAGAUCAAUGUGUCGACCCUCUACAGGGACUUCAUAUCUUGGCAGUGGAAGGACGUUACUCGUGUGGUCAACCAGGCCAAACACCACGACGAGCUGCUUAUUGGGAUCGAUGUGGCCUCCCAAGGGCCCCAGCAAUGGAAGAAGCUCCUGUCUGACCGCUCACCCUACAUCCUGGUCUACGCCAAUGACUCUGCCAUUUCAGAGCCUGAAAGUGUGGUAGCUACCCUCCAGAGACACCACUCAGUGGGAGGGGAAGGCUCCAUUUCACACAGCUUCCAAAAACUGGGACUGCGUGAGCGAAACAACACUGAAGAAGAGCAGCCGCAGCCCAGACACAAGCGCUCGGUGAACGUUCUGCUCCCAUUGCAAAACAACGAACUUCCCGGGCACGAGUAUCCGUACAAGACGACCGGUUGGGAUGAGACGAGUCCAUACGAACCUUUUGAAAACAAGCAGCCCCGUCGGCCACGUAAAAAGACACGCAAGAAUCAGCGGCACAAGAUGCCCCUGCUGCAGUUUGAUGAGCAGACAAUCAAAAAGGCACGAAAGAAGCAGUGGAACGAGCCUAGGAACUGCGCUCGGAGAUACCUGAAAGUGGACUUUGCUGACAUUGGAUGGAGUGAAUGGAUUAUAUCACCCAAGUCGUUUGAUGCUUACUACUGCUCAGGGUCCUGCCAAUUCCCCAUGCCAAAGUCUCUGAAGCCCUCUAACCAUGCCACCAUCCAGAGCAUAGUGCGGGCGGUGGGCGUCGUCCCUGGCAUCCCUGAGCCGUGCUGUGUCCCAGAGAAGAUGUCUUCCCUCAGCAUCCUCUUCUUUGACGAGGACAAGAAUGUGGUGCUGAAAGUCUACCCCAAUAUGACUGUAGAUUCAUGUGCCUGUAGAUAGAUGUUUUUGUCCUUCAAUGCCUGUUCACAAAAAACUCACGUCAUACAGAGAAAAAAAAAAAAAAA